CGACUGAUUCUACGGUGGCCAGAAGGUGCAAAAGCAACCUAACUUACGGCCCGUGUUAUUGUAUCUCAAUUUUUGAUUUUUUGACAUAAGUUAAUACAAAUUUGAGUGAAAAUUGAUAGGCCUAUUUUAAUUAAGUUUUUCUUGAGAUGGUGUUAGCCGAAAGGAAUUCGGAUACUUUACGGAAUGGCAAACGAUCUCGAGGACCAAGUCCAAAUGGUCAUGUUUCAGAUUCUAGUAGUGAGGAGGAAGGAGGCGAGAAAAUAAGAGUCGGUCGAGACUUUCAAGCUGUAUGUCCUGAAUUAAUCCCAGUUCCAGAUCGCAGACUAGAACAAUGUCCAGACAGAGCUCUACUCGUCUGGUCACCCACCUCAGACAUCUCAGACACAAAAUUGGACGAAUACAUAUCGCUGGCCAAAGAGAAGUACGGCUACAAUGGAGAACAAGCGCUGGGCAUGCUGUUCUGGCACAAACAUGACCUGGAGCGCGCCAUCUUGGAUCUGGCCAACUUCACCCCGUUCCCCGACGAGUGGACGGUCGAGGACAAGGUGCUAUUCGAGCAAGCCUUUCAGUUCCAUGGCAAGAGCUUUCACAGGAUACGACAGAUGUUGCCAGACAAAUCGAUAGCCACACUGGUGAAGUACUACUACUCGUGGAAGAAGACACGCAGCAGAACCAGCCUGAUGGACCGCCAGGCGAGGAAGCUGGCAGGAAGGGGUGGCCAGGGGGUGGGGGGUGAGGAGGGGGGUGCCGCCUCCGAUGCCAACUCUGAGAUGGGCUCCAACACAGACUCUGACUCCGACGAAAAGAAAUGGACAAUCCAUAGAGGAAUUCGUCGCAAAAGUGGGUCACCACCACGAACCUCCGCCUCCGAGGAUCCAGCCAAAGAAAAGGAAGGUUCUGAAGGCAAGUCGAAUGUUUGUUCGAAUUGUGGCGUGAGCUGCACCAAUUUGCAGCAGGCUGCCGGAAAAGGGGGCAUGUGUGGUACUUGCCAUACUCACUGGAGACGCACAGGCAACGUCCGGCCGACACAUGGGCCGGUGAAGCCACGCGACCGCCACAGUCACAUGGCGAUGCUGCGGCACAAGCGCAAGCCACCACGUGGCAUGUACAUCAACCACGACGACCUCCUCGCCAUGGCCACCACCAGUCACGGCCACGGCCACGGCCAAGGUCACGGCCAAGGUCACGCGGCCAGUGGCGAAAACAUGCUCAAGGCCAUGGAUCGCGAGAUCGUGUCGCUCAAACGACAGGUUCAAAACAACAAGCAAGUGCUGUCAUCUCUGAAAAGGAAGACUAGUGAAGGAAUUGAGACAAUGCGACCCCCGGACACCAACAACAGGAUCAACGCCCGCUGGACUAACGAUGAACUCCUCUUAGCUGUGCAAGGUAUGCGCAAAUAUGGCAAGGACUUCAGCGCCAUUGCAGAGGUGAUUGGUACCAAGACGGAAGCGCAUCUGAGGUCGUUCUUUGUCAACUACCGGCGACGCUACAAUUUGGACGCUGUUCUUGCCGAGUAUGAAGCUGAGCAUGGCCCUAUUGUCGAUCCUACCGAAAAGAUGGAAGUGGACAGCAGUACACCAGUGGCCAGUAGCGACGCGACGCCAGUAGCGGCGUCUAGCGCCAGUUCGGUGCCGCUAGCAUCUGCUGGUGUAGUCAGUACUGGCAGUUCACCUGCGGCCACGCUGCCCAAAUCGGUCGCCAGUAGCGCUAGUGUCACCGCCAAAACGCCAGUCGCUACUAAGUGAUACCAGGCUAAGCACAAAUAAGUUGCUAACCGAGACAUCGAUGGAGACAGUUGCUGUUUUCUUGGACAACAAAUUAGUGGGUGAUGUUUCCUGAAUAUUUUAAACUUUGUCAAUGCAAUUAAAAAUAACCAUUAGCAUUGGUUAUUGAUAGACUGCCUUAUUUGCAAACUACACACAACUAUUUAGCCUGCAGCUUAUUAUAGUUUGAACUUCUGGAAAAAUGUGAAGAUUUGUGUAAGAAGAAAGUAUAAAGUGCGAUUCCUUUAUCACUGGACUUGAAUGUAAAAUGUGUACCUUUUUAUUUUGAUGAGAAGUGAUCUUUGAUCUCAGGAAAUUGAAACCGUUUUGGGAUCUCAGUGAGAUUAAUCAUCUUAACUUCGUUUUGCUAGAUAUAAAAGAGGUCUGUCUACUCAUUUCUUUUCAUAUUUCAAAUAAUUCUAUUUGUAUUAUUCAAUCAAUUUUUCUGUCUUUUAUAUUGAAUUGAGCCUUUUGCACACCACUGCGACGGGAAUGGUGGGAUCAUUUUUAAAUGUUGAAAUCAUGACGGUCAUGCGAUUCGGAGUGGUGUGUUGUGGUUCAAGUAGUGUAGGAAAUGUAUCAGGUGAUGAGAAAACAAGUUUCAAUUUUAGAUUUUGAAGUAGGCCUAUUAUAAAUUCGAGCAUAAGCCUGUAAUUUCUAUACAACAAAUUCAUAUCGCAAAAUUGAAUUUCAGAGAUGCUGCUAUUGUGUGUAUGUGUAUAGGAAUAAUGUUAUGAUAUGGUUGAUUUGGUGAUGAGUACUGUUUUCAAGUUUUUGGUUAUUUUCUCAGUAUUUUAUUAAGCUAAUUGAAAGCAUAUACCUUUUUCAAUACUUUUAUAUCAUAUAACUUGGUUGUCAUUUCAUGUUAUUAUCUUUUAGAAUAGGAACAGCUUUUGAUUUCUGAAACUUGCUCCCAAUACUUGUGGUAUUGUUAUUGGAAUUAGGCCAUAAUCAUCAUUUUUAGCAAAAAAGUGGACAAACAUUAUUUUUAUUUCAAGUUUAGUUGGUUAGAUGUUUCACCCGUACUUCAAAAUUACAAUUAUCUGAUUAAUAAUAAUAAAGUAAUUGCUUGGAUCAUUGAUGAUACUAGCAACUGGCUAUUGAUGCUAUUUUCGGUAUUUCCAGUCUUAUAAAUAUUUAUAAUGUCGUACAUGAUGAUUUCUUUCAUACAGAGGAGAGUUGCCCAGCGAAAGUUGAUGUUAUCUUGAAGAGCUCUCUCUCUCUCUUUCUUUCCAUCCCCAUUAUUAUAAUAACAUUCAAUUCAUAUAAUUCUGUAUGUUUAUAGAUUAUCUUAUAGUUUCUUGAAUACGUUCUUUAUCAAAUUCAUAUAUUUUGAUGAGAGAGUUUUUUAAUAUUAUUAUUAGUUGAAAAUUGAAUAUGCAUAUUUUUAAAGAACGCUCUUAGCAAAGCACGCGUUGGUGAACCAAUCAGAACGAUUCCAGUAGAUAUAGUGAGAUUCACUUGGAACUGUCAUCUGCUGUCCUAAUAAACAUCAAUGCUUCCCAUUCUUCAAAUGCUGAUAGUUUGACGUAAAUCUCACUACAGUUUAACGAUUCUGAUUGGUUGCUAGGCAACCAAAGCGUGCUUGGCAGAGACAGUUCUUAGAUAUCUUCCAUUUGUAUUCAUUUAUUAAUUUUCAUCAACAAAUUUUGAAGAUUUUGAUAGUUUUUCUGGGUUAUUGAAAAAGAAAAAUGUCUUGUUUGAAGUAAUCCUUGCAUUAUUUGGGAAUAUUUCAAAUUGAACUAUAACGAAGUUUUCUAUCUAAUUUAAUAAUAGUACUGUAUUAAUCAAACAACAUAUUUUUUAAACUAAAGUUGAAACCAAAGUUAAACUUUAAUAAGAAUUAGCUGUAGUAGGCCGUUAUCAGUGAAGAUUUAUAGUUAAUUUAUAAAUAGGAGAAAGCCAAAAUUUUGCCAGAAAACAUAAAGAAUUCAUCAAGAAAUUCAAUUAUUAGAUUAAUAAAUAUUCUGAUUUCGACUUUGUUCAGGAAUAAGCUUCCCUGUUUUUUGUAAUUCUUAAUUCUCCUAAUAUUCAUUUAUGAAUUAUUAAUGAAUGAAUGAAUAUAGGUCUGAUUCUUCCAUUUUUUCUAUUCCAAAAUAGGUUUUUAUCUACUUUCUAGAAAAUUUACAUUUGAAUGUUUAUUUUUUUCUAUGUUAGACAAAAGAUAUCCUUUAUAUUUUUACGAUUAUUUUCUUAUAGGAUAACAAUUAUUUUUUCAAUGUUUUCAAAUUAGCUCAAAGUUUUUUAUCAAGCCCAGUUAUGAUUGAAUCGCUUAAGACAACAAUAAUACUGAUUCAAUAUUAAUUGGCAGUGUACAGAGGGUUUAGGAAUGUUCUACAUCUCAACCUGAUUACAGUCAAAACUUUUUUUGAAUUUAUCUAUACUUGAAUUAUUAUGUAUUGAUGGUUAAUAUGGAAUGUAAUAUAUUAAAUUCGAUGAAUUUAUACUUUUUUGUAUUCAAAAACUGCCAAUUAGAGUUACGGUUAUUUUCCUUUGUCGAUUUAGCUUUUAAGUUUGUGUAGCCAUUUAAGAUUGCAUUUAUUUAAGUUUGUUGUCCAAUAUGUGAAAUUCCGGCGUUGACGUUCAUGCAAGCAUUUAUUCCAUGCAUUAUUUUCAUAUUGUACACAUAUUUACAUUUUCUAGAGUUCAACGCCAAUUAUUAUAUAAUUUAGAAUAUAACAUUAUUAUAUUAGUCCAUUAUUUUAGUAGGUACUGCAAAAUAUAAUUUAUAAUUUAGUUCUGAGAAUUGUACGGUACUGUAAUAUUAAUUGUCUAGUUAUUGUUAAUGAAUGUUUCAUCAAAAUUAGAAGCAAUGUACGUUGUACUACCAAUGGAUAACUUUAUACUUAUUCUAUUAUCAUUUCGUUUUAUAAUAUGAGUUAAUUUAGAUUGUGUUACCAUAGUUUCAUUUAUUAACAGUAUUCAACCAUUAUUGAUGUAUGCAGUCUCAUUAUUUUGUAAUUGUAUUUUGAAGUAGCGUAGGCCUAGCCCACCACAUUCUCACUAUUUUAAGAAGUUUUCCAUCGAAAUAUGAUGGAAAAAUAUCAUUUGUGUUCUAUUUUAAUGAUUUGUACUUGAUUUCUUUUAUUCCCAAAAAUCAUAAUAAUUUUCACAUAUUCAAAUUAUUUCUUAUAAAAUUGUCAUUGUUGAAUUGAUAGAAGUUUUUAGUUUUGUUUCUUGUAAAAAUGGAAUACAGUAUAGAUGAAAUUGAAUAUUCAUGAUCAUAUAGCCUAACUCAUUAUCUUUGAUAAUGAGGAUGAUAAUAAACGUUGGGAUUUUAUGCUGCGGGUAGAAACAUCCCCUUCGUUUACGUUAGCUUGGGAGAAAAAUUAAUAAGUUAACCUUCUGUUCUAAUAUGUUUUGUUAUUUUUUAAUUUGAUGCUACUAUUUUCAAAUUUCAAUUUCAACCAUUCUUCUGUAUUUCGUCAUGAUUAUUUCCAGCUUUGUAUUCUCGAUUUAUUUUGAAUAUUUUCAAGUCUGUUAUUUUCUAAAUUAUUUAGUAAUGAGAAUAUGAAAAACAUAGGUAGGCCUACAAUUUUAGUAGACAAUAAAUUUAUAUUGAAAAUAGUUGAAAUUUCAUCGUGAAAUAAAAACAACUUUAAUGAAAACCUCAAGUGGGGCUGAGAAUCUAUAUAUUCAACAAAUUUUCCAACUAUUCUGAUGUUUCUCCAAAAUAAUACUUCCACAACAAGAUUUUUCGCAUCAUAUAAUAAAAUUAUUAUACUGAGAUUCACUUUGAACAUUGAGCAUUUAUUGAAUGUGAAUAAAUUAUGCUAUUCGUAAGGCUGACAGUGUGAAGUGAAUCUCAUCAUGAAUGAAUUCCAAUACGUAUGCACUUUAUAGGAAGAUUUUUUUCAUAAAUAUAUGGUAAUAAGGAUAAGAGUUGAAUCCUAUUAGUUAUAUAAUAAGGUAUGACGAGGUAAUCAUGUGUUAUCUAGCGAUUAGUACAACACAUUAUACUGGUAAGUUUUAGUUAUAAUUAUGAUGAAGUAUACACUGUUCACAUAUUCCUAUAUCAGCUAGUAAAAAUUAUAUCCAACA